AUGGGUCAUUACGCCAUUGCUCUUUCUCUUAUUCAUAAAAAGUUGCAACAGCUCCACGGCAUUCAGGUCGAUUUCUACACCUUCAACAUUGCUAUUAACUGUUACUGCCACCUUAAUCGAAUCGAUUUUGGGUUGUCUCUUUUGGGUACCUUCUUCAAACGCGGCUAUACACCCAAUGUAAUUACCUUCACAACUCUGAUUAAUGGACUUAUUUUGCAAGAUAAAACUCCUCAAGCUGUGGAGUUGUUUAAGAAAUUAAUGAGAAGUAGAGAAAUUGAACCCAACGUGGUUAUGUAUGGAACCAUUGUCAAUGGGCUCUGCAGAACGGGGAACACUAUCAGGGCUGUUAGUUUGCUUAGGAUUAUGGAAGAGGGAAGUUGUAAACCUAACUCCGUAGUGUAUACCACGGUCAUUGACAGUCUUUGCAAGGAUAGAAUGGUGGAUGAUGCUCUCAAACUCUUUUCUACAAUGGAUGAAAAGGGUAUUUCCCCAGAUGUUGUCACUUAUACUUCUUUGAUUCAUGGCCUAUGUAAUUUUGGCCAGUGGAAGGAGGCUUCUGGAUUGUUCAGAGAAAUGUUAGAUAGUGGUAUUGCUCCAAAUGUUCAUAUGUAUAAUGUGUUGCUGGAUGCAUGUACCAAGGAAGGGAAGAUGAAAGAGGCAGAGGGGAUAAUUGAAGUCAUGAUACAAAGAGGUGUGGAUCCUGAUGUAGUCACAUACAGAAGUCUAAUGGAUGGAUAUUGUUUGCAAGGCAAAAUGGAUAAAGCAAUCAGAGUGUUGAAUACCAUGGUGGAGAGGGGCCUUCACCCCAAUGUUUUUAGCUAUAACAUUCUAAUCAAUGGAUAUUGCAAGAAAAUGAAAAUAGAUAAGGCCAUGCAUCUCUUUCGAGAAUUGCCUCGAAGGGGGUUGAAACCCGACAAUGGAACUUUUGGUGCUAUGUUACGAGGUUUGUUUCAAAUAGGUAGAUGUGGAGCUGCUCAAAAACUUUUUAAUGAUAUGCAAGCUGCAGGCAUAAUUCCUAAUUUUGUAACUUAUGGUAUCUUAUUGGAUGGGUUGUGCAAAAAUGGGCAUAUUUCUGAAGCAUUGUCAUUAUUCCACAUGAUGGAAAGCAACAGUUUACAUCCUGAUAUUGUUAAGUACAAUAUUCUUAUUGAUGCAUUCUGCAAGGAUAAAAAGCUUGAUACUGCAAGGGCCCUUUUCAGUAACCUUUCUUCCAAGGGAUUACAACCUGAUGUUAAGACAUACACUACAAUGAUACAAGGUUUUUGUGAAGAAGGCCUACUGCUUGAAGCUAAAGAGUUGUUUGUUAAAAUGGGACAUAAUGGAUGUUUGCCAAAUGAUGUCACUUACAACACUACUAUCCGAGGAUUUAUUGGACAACAAAAGUGCUAUGAGGCAUUAAUGCUGGUUGAGGAAAUGGUUCAAAGGGGUUUUUCAGCAGAUGCAUCCAAUUCUUCCUUUGUCAUAGAUAUAAUCCCAACUAAAGGACAAGAUCCUGCUCUCCAAGAAGUGAUAAAGAAGUUCAUGCCCAAAUAGUCAUGGAAUGCAAGAGAUUGAGUAAAGUGCUUAAAC